AUGGGUCUUUUAAGUAUCAUUCGGAAACAGAAGAAAAAGGACCAAGAGGUUCGAGUAUUGGUGUUGGGAUUAGAUAACGCAGGUAAGACCACUAUAGUGAAGAAGGCUCAAGACGAGGAUACUGAAGGGGUUUCACCAACCAUGGGGUUUCAGAUCGAUACGUUGGUGUACCAUGAAUAUACGCUUAACAUGUGGGACAUUGGAGGACAAACCAGUCUUCGAGGAUUUUGGGGGAACUACUUUGAUCAAACAGAUGUAGUGAUUUGGGUGGUGGACGGAAUGAGUCUUGAACGACUACGAGAAUCUCACGAUGAAUUAAUGAGUAAAGUGGUUAUACAAGAUCGAUUAAAGGGUAUACGACUUGCAGUUGUUGUUAAUAAGAUGGAUGGUGUGGACACCAGUCAAUGGGAAGAGGUUAGAGACACAGUAGUUUCAGUCUUAGGGUUAGAGCAAAUUGAUCAUGAACUGUGGCACGUAUUUCUUGUUAGUGGAAGAACAGGUUUAGGAUUACCUUCAUUACUUGAAUGGGUCAUCGAAGGCAACACAUGA